UAUUUAAACCCGGGUCCCCGCGUUAGGCUGGCGGUCUGCGGUCCUGCCUCGCACCUUCCUGAGCUGAGCGGGUCCCCGGAGUGUGACCCGAGCUAGCGGGAGAGGACGGUGCGGCCAGUCGGCCGUGCGGUGACUAUAGCCACCUGCCCGAGCCCCGUGGCCCGCCCUCUGAUCUUGGCGAUGCGCCGUGGCGCCGCCUGGGCGCUGCUGCUGGCCGCAGCCCUGGGGCUCGGGGCGCGCGGGGUGCGCGCUGCGGUGGCCCUCGCCGACUUCUACCCGUUCGGCACGAAGCGUGGCGACGCCGUCACCCCGAAGCAGGACGACGGCGGCUCAGGGCUGCAGCCCCUCUCGGUGCCCUUCCCGUUCUUCGGCGCCGAGCACUCAGGACUCUACGUGAACAACAACGGGAUCAUCUCCUUCCUGAAGGAAGUUUCUCAGUUCACCCCUGUGGCCUUCCCCAUCGCCAAAGACCGCUGUGUGGUAGCGGCCUUCUGGGCAGACGUGGAUAACCGACGCGCAGGCGACGUCUACUACCGGGAGGCCACCGACGCAGCCAUGCUGAACAGAGCCACGGAGGACAUCAGGCGGUACUUUCCUGAGCUCCCGGACUUCUCUGCUACCUGGGUUUUUGUUGCCACCUGGUACCGUGUGACCUUCUUCGGAGGCAGCAGCUCUUCCCCCGUCAACACAUUCCAAACGGUGCUCAUCACUGACGGCCGGUUCUCCUUCACCAUCUUCAACUAUGAGUCCAUCCUGUGGACUACGGGCACACACGCCAGCAGUGGUGGUGAUGCUGAUGGCUUGGGAGGCAUUGCAGCCCAGGCAGGUUUCAACGCAGGUGAUGGGCACCGCUACUUCAACAUCCCUGGGUCGCGCACAGCAGACAUGGCUGAGGUGGAGACCACCACCAACGUGGGCGUGCCCGGGCGCUGGGCGUUUAGAAUCGAUGAUGCCCAGGUGCGCGUGGGGGGCUGCGGCCAUACAACCUCUGUGUGCCUAGUCCUGCGUCCGUGCCUCAAUGGUGGCAAGUGCAUCGAUGACUGUGUCACGGGCAAUCCCUCCUACACCUGUUCCUGUCUCGCUGGCUUCACGGGGCGUAGAUGCCACCUGGAUGUGAACGAGUGUGCUUCCCACCCAUGUCAGAACGGUGGGACCUGCACCCACGGUGUCAACAGCUUCAGUUGCCAGUGCCCAGCCGGCUUCCAGGGACCCACCUGUGAAUCAGCCCAGUCUCCGUGUGACAACAAAGUGUGUCAAAAUGGUGGCCAGUGCCAGGCAGAGAGCAGCUCUGCAGUAUGUGUGUGUCAAGCUGGAUACACUGGGGCCACCUGUGAGACCGAUGUGGAUGAAUGCAGCUCUGACCCAUGCCUAAAUGGUGGAUCGUGUGUUGACCUGGUUGGAAACUACAGCUGUAUUUGUGUGGAGCCCUUUGAAGGACCUCAGUGCGAGACAGGAAGCUACGUGGUGCCUUCGCCCUGCCUCUCCAACCCCUGCCUGAACGGGGGCACCUGUGUGGAUGCUGACCAGGGAUACGUGUGCGAAUGCCCUGAAGGUUUCAUGGGCUUGGACUGCAGAGAGAGAAUUCUCAAUGACUGCGAUUGCCGGAAUGGAGGCAGAUGCCUGGGUGCCAACACCACCAUCUGCCAGUGUCCUCCAGGCUUCUUUGGGCUCCUCUGUGAAUUUGAAGUCACAGCCACGCCCUGCAACAUGAACACUCAGUGUCCAGAUGGAGGCUACUGCAUGGAGUAUGGCGGAAGCUACCUAUGUGUCUGCCACACGGACCACAACAUCAGCCAUUCUCUGCCCUCGCCCUGCGACUCAGACCCAUGCUUUAAUGGAGGUUCCUGUGACGCCCACGAGGACUCCUACACGUGCGAGUGCCCUCGUGGAUUCCAUGGCAGGCACUGCGAGAAAGCCCGGCCACACCUGUGCAGCUCAGGGCCCUGCCGGAAUGGGGGCACAUGCAAGGAGACUGGUGACGAGUACCGCUGCACCUGCCCUUACCGGUUCACUGGGAGACACUGUGAGAUUGGAAAGCCAGACUCCUGUGCCUCUGGCCCCUGUCACAACGGUGGCACUUGUUUCCACUACAUUGGCAAAUACAAGUGUGACUGCCCUCCAGGCUUCUCUGGUCGGCACUGUGAGAUAGCCCCCUCCCCCUGCUUCCGGAGCCCAUGUAUGAAUGGGGGUAUCUGCGAGGAUCUAGGAACAGAUUUCUCCUGCCACUGCCAACCAGGAUAUACAGGACACCGGUGUCAGGCAGAGGUGGACUGCGGUCAGCCUGAGGAGGUAAAACAUGCUACCAUGCGUCUCAAUGGAACUCGCAUGGGCUCGGUGGCCCUGUACACAUGUGACCCCGGCUUCAGCCUGAGCGUCCUCAGCCAUAUGCGUGUCUGUCAGCCACAAGGUGUCUGGAGCCAGCCUCCCCAGUGCAUUGAAGUAGAUGAGUGCCAGUCUCAGCCAUGCCUGCAUAAAGGCUCCUGCCAGGACCUCAUUGCUGGUUACCAGUGCCUCUGCAGCCCGGGGUACGAAGGAGUCCACUGUGAGCUAGAGACAGACGAGUGCCAAGCACAGCCCUGCAGAAAUGGAGGCUCCUGCAGGGACCUCCCCGGGGCUUUCAUCUGCCAGUGCCCUGAAGGUUUUGUUGGAACCCACUGUGAAACAGGUAGGGUUCUUUCAGGAGGGUCCCACAGAACCAGGGCUGCUGGGAGAUCAGAGGGGAAGCCAGGAGCCAUCCUCUUGCUGGACAAGCCACCCAGAGAGAGAAACCCCCAAGGCUGUGGUGACCUGGAGGGAGGAAGGAAACUGGGCGGGGGGUCCCUGAGAGCCCCUCCUACCCACAGGUGUGCCAUACCCCUCUCCUGGCCAUUGCUCCUUGCCUCCCCCUAUCCCGUCUUCCCGCUGUCCUCUCCUCCCUCCCCCAGAGUCCCUCCCUGCAGCUCGGGCCAACCCUUUGGGUGUUCUCCAGAGGUGGAUGCCUGUGCCUCCAGCCCCUGCCAGCACGGAGGCCGGUGUGAGGACGGUGGUGGGGCCUACCUGUGCGUGUGUCCAGAGGGCUUCUUCGGCUACAACUGUGAGACAGUGAGUGACCCCUGCUUCUCUAGCCCCUGUGGGGGCCGCGGCUACUGCUUGGCCAGCAACGGGUCCCACAGCUGUACCUGCAAAGUGGGCUACACAGGCAAGGACUGCACCAAAGAGCUCCUCCCACCAACAGCCCUCAGGGUAGAAAGGGUGGAGGAGAGUGGGGUCUCCAUCUCCUGGAGCCCACCCGAGGGCACCACGGCCAGACAGGUGCUGGACGGCUAUGCAGUCACCUAUGCCUCCUCGGAUGGAUCGUCCAGGCGCACGGACUUUGUGGACCGGAGCCGCUCCUCUCACCAGCUUCGGGCCCUGGCAGCCGGCCGUGCCUACAACAUCUCUGUUUUCUCAGUCAAGAGAAACACUAACAACAAAAAUGACAUCAGCAGGCCUGCAGCCCUGCUCACCCGCACCCGACCCCGCCCUAUUGAAGACUUCGAGGUCACCAACAUUUCAGCCAAUGCCAUCUCAGUGCAGUGGGCUCUUCAUAGGAUCCAGCAUGCCACUGUCAGCAGGGUUCGAGUGUCUGUCCUCUACCCUGAGGACACUGUGGUCCAGUCCACGGAGGUGGACAGGAGUGUGGACCGCCUCACAUUUGGGGACCUGCUGCCAGGGAGAAGAUACAGUGUGCGGCUAACCACCCUCAGUGGGCCUGGAGGAGCUGAAUAUCCUACAGAGAGCCUGGCCUCAGCUCCGCUGAACGUGUGGACCCGGCCUUUGCCUCCAGCAAACCUGACUGCCUCUCGAGUCACAGCGACCUCUGCCCAUAUGGUCUGGGACCCGCCCACUCCAGGCAUCUCACUGGAGGCUUACGUCAUCAAUGUGACCACCAGUCAGAAUACCAAGAGCCGCUACAUCCCCAAUGGGAAGCUGGUGUCCUAUACGGUGCGUGAUCUGAUGCCAGGUCGGCGGUACCAGCUCUCGGUCACAGCGGUGCAGAGCACAGAGCAGGGCCAGCUGCACAGUGAGCCUGCGCACCUCUACAUCAUCACCUCCCCCAGGGAUGGCACCGACAGGCGCUGGCACCAGGGAGGACACCACUCACGAAUGCUCAGAAAUAGGCCGGCCCCUUUGCGCCUGCCAGAACUGCGCCUCCUCAAUGACCACGGUGCCCCUGAAACACCAACCCAGCCACCCAGGUUCUCAGAGCUUGUAGACGGAAGAGCAAGAGUGAGUGCCAGGUUUGGUGGAUUGCCCAGCAGAGCAGUAACUGUGAGAUCACAACCCACUACUCCGGUGCCGCUCAAGAACACAGAGGCCCCUGAGCAGGCCCGUCUGGCCCUUCAGCUACCCAAGAACAACAGCAAGGACACAGAAAGUACCCCUGGCAGCUGUUCAGAAGACACCUGUCAGAAUGGAGGCACCUGUGUCCCAGGUGCCAAUGCCCACAGCUGUGACUGCAGGCCUGGGUUCAAAGGCAGACACUGUGAGCUUGCCUGUGAAAAAGUGCCCCGCCCCUGCACACGGCUGUUCUCUGAGACCAAGUCAUUUCCUGUCUGGGAAGGAGAUGUCUGCCACCAUGUGUAUAAGAAAGUCUACAAAGUUCACCAGGACGUGUGUUUUAAGGAGCGCUGCCAGAGCACAAGCCUCAAAAAGCUCAAACAGGAAUCAAAUUAACAGUCAAACACUGAAGAAAUCUUAAGGUACAUUCUCCUUCAUACCAAGAUCUGUUGAGAACUGGAGACACCAUCAUACCCAGCACCUUGGACAACUGAUGGUGCAAACUUAGCACUGUGCUAUUACAGACCCAACCAGGAAGGUUCCAGAAUUCCCUGUCUAUAGCCUCCCAAUAGACAUAACCUGGUCUGGCCUUCCAUAUGAAUCCACUUUCAGGUGGAAAUGACUCUCUGGGGGAGGGGCAAAUGCAGACCAGUUACAAUGAGGCACAAGAAUCACCUGGCCCCUUCAGGACAGUGGGCCUGGGUGUUAGAUGGAUCAAGGAUGCCAAACAAUCCUGGGGGUGCUAGGAAGGACCUAAGGACAUACCCUCAAGCCCUAUGAAUAGCAUUCUACUGGUGGAAAAGGGCGGGAGCCUUGUCAUGUAACCUGCAGGUGAUCCUAAAUAGAGCCUCUCACUGGGAGAGAUAUCAUGGAUCCUGGAAUUCUAAGCACUAAUAACCCUGAAGUGAAAGAAACUUUGCCUGCUUGAUCCAGCAUGUCCCACCCCACCCUCCCCAUACAUAAACUGUGAGAUGUCAAAGGGCAUUGGAAAAUUUUUUUCACAAGCCUGGGAAAUACUGGGUUACACUACAGAGAUCCCUGUAUAGCCUGAACUCAGCCCCAACACUGACUUACUGAUGGGACAUCAAUUGGAAACGAGAGACUGGCUGGCCAGAGACAUUUCACUCCUCUCCCUUGGAGGAGCCAGAACAGUACAUCUGUGCAGUGGUGGGAGAGAGGCAGAUCUGGAAGCCUGCCAGGAGUGAAUCACCUUUGUUCUACAGUGUAGGACGUGAAGGAGAAAUGUCACCCAAAGGCCUAAGAACAAAGAAGAGCAAAGCAGUUCUGGGCGAAGGUCAUCCGAAGAGAAAAGUGUCUACAGUAAAAGGCAGGGCAUCAGGAGAGCGGGCUCUCAGACAGGCCUAAGCAGGGCCUGUGCAUCUUGACCAUUUCAGAUGUGAAGACUGCAGGAAGAGCAGCUGACCAGACUCAAAUCCUGUCUACUUAACAGCAUCACCUUUUCACCUCAGCCCCCAAAAAUGCACACAACACCCUCCAACACAUGUGAGCAACUUCAUUCUGGCAAAGAUCAAAAAUCCACAAAUUAUUUGGUUUUAAAAUAUUUACAUGGCAGUAAGUCAGAUGAAAUAUUAAUGCAAAAAAAGAAAUAUUAAUGCAUCCUUUAAGAACUCACAGAAAACUCAUUUUUAGAAAAAAAAUGAGAAUCCCUAGGUACUUAUCACAUAAUGGCUUAUAGAAAACCUAUUCUCAGAGCAACACACACACACACACACACACACACACACACACACACACACACACAUCACACACACCCCUUCUCUUUCUGAAGAAACCAGAAUUCGCCAUCCACAGCUGCCCUGAGAAAAUGAGCAGUGCCACCCGCCCCUAAGGAAAGGCAGCAGAGGACCAGCAAGCAGCAAACUUAAAGCCGGAGGCUGAUCGCAAGUGUCCUAAGAGGUGCGUGUGUCCCUUCCAUCCCGCCCUGCAUCACAGCCAGCUGGAAUUCUGGCUCCUGGGGACAAUGCCUGCUGCCUCCAGAGAAAGACUGGAUAUAAAGAGGAGUGUGCCUCAGUUCACUGUUACUCCUUUUGUCAAAAGGACCGGCAUGUGCUGGUAAUUCUGUCCACACCUCAAGGAUUUCCAAAACCCAGGAAAUGAGGUUCAAAACUUAAACGCCAAGCUCCCAGCAGUAGGCAGUCUCCCCGAGAUCUCUGUCCUCCAAAUUCUAGAAAAGAGACAGCCAGACAUGCACACCCAAAGGACUCCUGCCAGGGAAGCAACAAUGCACCCUGCUGCAACCCAGGGUUGCUGUUUCCGCAGUUCUGGUCAAUCCCUCUGUGGAGAGUUACCUGUGUUACCAGGCUCUUUGUGAUGCUUCUGUGCUCAGAAACCCACAUCCAGAUCCCAGUGCCAAAGAAAAAGACUCAGCUUUCACAAGAGAUGCAAGAGAGGCUGUGCAGAAAUAGAUGGGCUCUACCCUGCUCCUCUUCUCAUUUAUACUGAUGACCUAAAGAAGUGCUAAUUCUACUAUGGUGGGGCUUAGACACUUGGUCUACAACUCAGGGGUGGCAGGGCAGGCAGAUGCUCAGGCAGGAUUUUGGGCUCCGCAGGUAGAAUGACUUGUACCUCUGGCACACACCCAACCCUGCUACUGUACUGCCAACACCAUCACAGAUGUAGAUAGCAUAGCUGUGUCCCAAUGAGACUGCAUUUACAAAAACAGGCAGCAGGCCAUAGCUGGCAGCUUUAUAAGAUGAUCUAGACCUCAGCCUUCCUUCUGCGGAGAAAACCAUCCUGAAUGACAAGUUGGCAUCAAGACAUGAAAGACCCCUGAACUUUCAUAGAAGAAAAGCGAUCAAGACCCCUGCUCUGAAACCUGAGGUAAACUUAUACCACAGAGCAGGAAGAGCUACCUGUUCAAACCUGUGACACAGGGCAGGCUGGCUCCAGGAGACAGGGUCCAAGGCUUCUUGUAAGCUGUGCCCCAACUAGACAGCUGUGGUUCACCAAAACAAAAAUAUUUUACACAGCCUCCGCUUUCCAUCCCACUCCGAACAAGGCUGUAAACAGCUGUCCUCUCCCUGCAGUAACAUCACAAUCAGAAAAGCCGACAUACCCUGACUCCUUGCUCCAGCCUGAGCAGAGCUGACUAGAGAUCCAGCACCAAGAACUACAUCCCAACCAGAGAGGCCUCCUGCCCUUCAGAGGUCAUAAAAACACAGUUUGAAGCAUAACCUUUUAAGUUUUAUUCUCACUAAAAACUUCUGAACCUAUGUUAUCACAUAAUUUUUUUCUCUUUCAAAAACUCACUACUGUACCUUAGAUACUCGCUAGAGUCCUGGAGACCGCAUAAGCUACAGCGUUAGCAGGGAGUGGCAAGCUCAGGUGGCAUCACUGAAGAGCAGAUGGGAUCUUUGUACUUUACUACUAACCUCAGGGCCCUCACCGCCAGGCCGAUGCUGCCACAUUCCCAUUUCCAGUUGGAGCCUGUGUUUCAAACAAGAGUCAGCCUGCUGACUGCUGAGUGUGGAGUGGAGAAAGACUCGCUGGUGCUGAGGAAUUAGUGUAUGACAUUCCACACAUGCGGUCUCUGCUUUCUUACAUGCCUUUCUUAUGCAGACUAAUUAAAUCCCUCAAAACAGUCACUGUCCACUUAAGAAAUGUCACAGUGGGGGUUGGGCAUUUAGCUCAGUGGUAGAGGGCUUGCCUAGGAAGCGCAAGGCCCUGGGUUCAGUCCCCAGCUCCGAAAAAAAAGAACCAAAAAAAAAAAAAAAAAAAAAAAAAAAGAAAGAAAAGAAAAAAGAAAUGUCACAGUGGAAUCAGAAUCUAAUGGACAAGGUGGAGUGUGGAGAUUUUUGUGUUAAACUGAAGAGGCAUUCAUGAGUUGUUGGGUUCACCAUGUGCUAAUCAAAACUUAAGAUGAACAGACACCUAAUUGAGCUCAGGGCUAGGGUUCUAUUCAGUUCUGAUGGAGCCCAAAGCCAAAUGCCCUAUGUUCAGGGAAAGUGGAGAUCAUGUCAAGGCCACAAAGGGAAGAGUAAGCAGCGAAGAAUGGAUCAUUGGUCUUAGUUUCAUCCACAGCCAAGAACAGGCAGAAGGCAUUCCCUUUCUUUACUGCCUAUGGGAUGUUGGGGUAGACAGGAUGGCUUUCUGUGGUGAGUCCAACAGGCAAGGACCCGCCCUUGCCAGGAAUAAGCUUGCCUCACACAGCUGCCAAAGUCAGAACUCCUGACUGUGUGCAGGAGAAUCUGGGAAUGACUGCUUUCCUUGAACACCCUCCUCUUUGCAAUCAGGCUCCAGGCAAGUCAAAAGCCCCACACCUUGGUGCUGGUUCCUUACAAAAUACACCUCAGAUCCAGCAAGACCUCUACUUUAAACAGAAAUACCUGGGGUCCAGUUACAAUCCAAAGUUGUUGUAGUCACAGGACUUCCAUGGGCCAGGUCUUUGAGCAGUUUCUCAGCAUUGGCAUUGCUUUGUGGACUGAUGUGUGGUGCAAUGUACGAUCUUUUAUAACCUCCCUGGCUCUGAUCAGAUCCCAAGGCCAUGACAUAAAAAUAUCCCCAAAGAUUACCAGGUGUCUGGAGGACCAAGGUCAUUCUCACAUAAGCACUGAAUUCAGUCUAAACACAAGGCCCACGUCGGGGUUUCACAUGACUGUUAAAUGCCACCAAAUGGGGAAAAAAUAUGAGCAAAGCAUUCCUGACUUUGGUCUCUGAGCAGCUCACUCUUUAGCACAGGCUACAGAGCCAGAGAGAUAGGGGGCCUUGAGGUGGCAGCUUGCCCAAGCAGGAAGGGUCAGGUCAGCAACUGCAGAGAAGUGUAUUGCUAGUCUGACAACUGUGUGACUAAAGGUCAUGUUACUAACCAACUGCCUCUCACUCUGCUGUACAUUCGACAUGUCAGAAGGCCGGGAAAUGGUGUCGGAUAAAGAACAUGCCUAUCGUGUGGGAAACCUGCUACUUGUUCUCAUUAAAUAAAGUGCUAUGACAUACUAA